AUGGCUCCGUCAUUACUCGCUGCCGCAGAGGGAGCGACGCAGACGCAGACGCAUGCGCCGGCGGCGCUCGACGGGAAGACGGCCGCUACCGCCGACACUAUCGUCACCAGCGCUGCUGCCGAGGACAAGGAAAUGACGCCGCUCGAGGCCAUCUCGCACGGCGACGUGCUGCCAGGUAUCCCCGGCUUUCCAACCUUCGGCGCGGCGCGCCGGCACAUGCUGACGCACAUGGCGGCGACGUUCCGCGGCUGGGCGCGGCUGGGCUAUGGCGAGGGGCAGUCGGGCCACAUCUCGGUGCGCGACCCCGAGUUCCCGGGCUGCAUGUGGAUGAACCCGCUGAGCCGGCACUUUGGGCUGGCGACGGCAGGGGAGUUUCUGCUGCUGGACAUUGGCACGGGCCGGAUGCUCGCGGGCGGGCGGAACCCGACGACGGGGCUCCGCACCGCCAACGCCGCGGGCUUCUUCAUCCACAGCGCCAUCCACACAGCGCGGGCGGGCGUGCACGCCGUCUGCCACGCGCACACGCGCGCGGGCCGGGCAUGGUCUGUAUUCGCCAGCCCGCUGCAGAUGUUGACGCAGGACGUGUGCAAUUUCCACGACGCCCACGCCGUCUAUGCCAACUACGGCGGCAUCGUCUUUGGGCGGGACGAGGGGGAGCGUAUCGCGGCAGCGCUCGGGCAGCGCAACAAGGGCGUGAUCCUGAUGAACCACGGGCUGUUGACAGUAGGGGAGACGGUGGACGAGGCCGGGUUCAUGUUUGGCUUGCUCGACCGCAGCUGCGCCAUUCAGCUCGACGUCGAGGCGGCCAGCAACCCCGGGCUCGUGCGGCACAUCAUCAGUGACGAUGAGGCCGCCUACAACUGCCGCAUGGCCAGCGAACCGCACGCCCUGUACCGCGAGGCCCAGCCGGACAUUGAAAUGGAGAUUGAGCUGGCGGGGGGCGAGGAGGUGCUGGCCCGGGGCUUCGAGAGCUUGGUCAUAGACGGGGCUGCUGCCUGA